AAAACGUUUUCUAAAUCGAUGCCCGGAUGUGAAUGUGCCCGAUGUGAAAAAAUGGUACACCUAAAUACCAGAUGCAGCGGUCUUACGAACAAACAGAUAACUGCAUUAAAGGCGGCCCCAAGCCUAGACUGGACUUGUAUGGAAUGCCAGCAGGAAUCCCCGAAGCGAAACUCCUCUUUGUUUAUAACAGAGGAUGCAGAGGAGGAUAUACCUAUGGACACUAAGGGGCUAAUACAUAAAAUCUCCAAGGAGGUGGAAAAAACUAUAAAGAAGGAAAUAAGCGAACUUAACCAAUCUCUGCAAUUUCACAGUACGAAGUUGGAUGAAGUAUUAGGUUGUAUUGAUGCCUUUAAAAAUACCAUAAAAGCUUUAGAAAGAAAAAACACGGAACUAUUACAAAAAAACAACAAUCUCGAAUUGAGGGUAGGCGUAUUGGAGCAGCGUUUCCAUGAGAUGGAACAGAAGAAACUUGCUAAUUCUAUAGAAAUAGCAAACGUCCCCCCUGCGAGCGAAGAGAAUGUGAUAAAAUUAGUUGAAAAUGUAGCAUUAAAACUUAAACAGCCCUUCGACGGUAUCCGUAACUCAAUGCGAUACCAAGGUAAAUACGACCAACCCGGCAUUAUACGAGUUAAACUUACUGAUAAAGCGACCCAAGAAAAGUGGAUUAAAGCUGCAAAAACCAUUAAAACUAUGGUGGCCGAUGUUUGCCCCUAUGAACCCAACAAUAACAAAAUAGUAUUCAUCAGGGAAGCAAUGACUAAAUCCAACAAAAGCAUUUUAUGGGAAGCCAAGCAGGAAUUAAAGAACAAACAAAACUAUAAAUACGUUUGGUUUAAAAACGGUAUGGUUCGUGCAAGAAAGGAUGAUAACACGAAAAUAGAAAACUUAAGAUCUAUAUUGGAUAUACAAGCGUUAAAAAAAAAAGACAGAAUGUCAAUUAACUGCCCAAAUUAAAUUGCAUAUAAAUUAUUAUUAUUAAUAUG